AUGAUAUCCACAAUGAUUAAUGACUACGAACGACGUUUUCAAUAUUCACUCCAAAAAUUGACUAUACCGUCAUGGUAUACCGAACCCGCCCCUUCAUAUAAACCAUCGAAUAAACCAUUACUUGUCUCGACAAGUCAUUAUGAAAGAGACGUUCAUCGUACUCCCGAAAUAGUUCAUGUACAACGUCCACAUAGUUAUCGUUCCUAUCGUUCAUCAUUAGGAACAUCACCAUCUCCAUCCGUACAUUCUUGUUAUCCAAAUUAUAUGAUGGAUGGAACGAACUCUUCUUCAUUAUUACCUUCAUUGUCAUCUAAUUCACGUCGUCAUAAUAAACAUGAAAAGGGCAUCGAACGUGUAACAAAAUCAAGUCAGUGGUAUCGACCAACUCAAUUUAUUCCCAAGAAGCAAACUGAUCAGAUUAGUAACCCAAAAAUAUCGGUUAUUCAAAAUGAGACAUCAAAUGUUAAUCAUUACGAUAUACCACCUAAACAUGACGAUGAUAAUAAACAUGUCCAUAGUAUCAAACAAAAUUUAAUUUCUGAUAAAACUAUGAUAUCCGAAUUAUUUAUUGAAGAAAAAAAGACUAAUUUGACUGAUAAUAUCAACGGUGAUGAUGACCAACACAAUCAUCAUAGGAACUCAAAUGAAAUUCAAACGAUGCCUCUAGCAGAUGAAAAAAUAUUAUUUGCUCGUGUCGAAUUGGAAGAUGUGACUGAUGAAGAAGAAGAAAGUGACAACCGUUCGUCGACAAAAAACAUACAUACUGUCGAUGGAAUUGUUAAUGAUGAAACCAAUACGUUAGUAGAACAUUUAGCUAAUAAUUUAGUCUAUUCAAUAUUAAAUGAUGUGUUACAAUUGAAAAAUUUUGAACAAGAUGAUGAUACAGAUACAGGUGUUAGAGAAUUAUCUGAUGAUGAAAAUGCCCUUCGUGAAAUGGACGAAAAUGAUAUGAGUAAUGCAGAUGAAUUUAUUGUUUUUGCUAGCAAUGCUGAAACAUUUCAUGAUAAUGAUCGUGAUAAUGAAACAUCAUCUAUUAUACCUCGAGGUAGUCUAAAUCGUUUAUAUAUUUUUUCAAGAACAAAUGAUGAUGGUACAAUUCAUUCAAAAUUAUCUUCUAAUCAAGAUUCUCCAGUAUCAACACUAAUGAUUCCUGACAAGGAAUUUCCAAUAACUAAUUCUCCCUUGAAUAUAGAUCUAGACCAACCAACUAAUACAAUGGGUUAUCUUAAACAUGAUGUUUCUAACAGUUCACUUCCUAUCUAUCGUUCACAUAUACAAAAACGACAUAUAAAUUUAGGCCGAUAUUAUGAUGGUAUGAUGCGUGCUGCAAAUAGUCAAAUACCAACACAUGAUUUACGUUGUAAUCUUCUUUUACAUAAUACAAAUACUGAAAUAUCAUCUGAUGGUGUUAAUGAAGAAACAGUACGGAAAGGAAGAUUAUUACUUGAUAGUAUACCAAAUACUAUUGAGUUAAACAAAGAUAUAGAUGAUCAAUUAGUGCCGCCUGUUCGAUCUAUAAUAAAAAAUACUCGAUUUGCAUUAUCAGAUGAAAAAGAUGAAGCUGAUGAAGUCAAAUUUGAUGAUAAUAUUUUAAAAAUCGAAGAAAGAGAAAUCAUUUCUCCACGAAAAGUUAUUACAACAACAAUAACAGAAGAAUAUCGUCGGAUUCAACGACAGAUCAUCGAAGAAUUUGAUGAAAGUAUUUUAACAGUCGAAUCAAAUGAAGAAGUAUGUCGUGAUUCUGAUUAUUCAAGUACUCAAGAACGAUCUAAUACACAACAAAUAUCAGUACCAUCGGUUUCAAUCAAUGAUGAUUCACCAUAUGGAUUAUUAUCAGAAUGUUAUUCGGGAUAUUCUUAUAUUCGAAGUGACUUUUUAAUACCAACAGAAAGUCCAUUUAUAUCUAAUGUUUCAUCUUUACAAUCAACAACUGAUGAAGCUUAUGAAUCUGAACCAACCACAACAUCAUUGCAUUCACCAACAAUAAGCUCAUCGGCAGCACCAACAAAUUAUGUUCAUCCAGAUCUUGAACACGAAUUUCAAUAUCCAUCACCUCCACCACCGGUACCUGAUCGUCGUCUUAAACCAGCUCAUCUACGUCCGGCACCUCCUCCGACAAAACCUCGAACUAUUAAACAACAACAAAAACAAAAAGAUUCAAAUCCUUAUAGUAAAAUCAAAACUAGUAAAACUUCACCAUUAACAGCUAUUCAACAUCUAAUAGCAUUACCCUCAAAUGAUUCAUCAAUAUCUUCGGCACGAACAUUAAGUAGUCGACAUUAUUGUGGUUCAUUACCACUAGCAAACGAAACUAAAACACCAAUAACAACAACAACAAAUGGUAAAAUAGAUGAAAUACCAAAAGAUAAUAGUAAAACAUUUAAUCAUUCAAAUUUACCGAUGAAUAAUGAUCAAACUCCACAAAUUAUAUUUACAAAAUCAUCUACAUCAUCAUUAAAUCAAUCUACACCAAAAAGAUUGUCAGCUUCAUAUUCAGAGGAAACAAUGAAUGGAUUAGAUAUUCAAAUACCAGUGCCAAUAAUUGAUAAACAUGAUUCUACCACUAAACAAAAUCGAAAUAGGAUGUCAACUCCAUCAUCUAGUAAACAAACCGAAGGAACAACAAGAUCUCGACCAGUAUCGGAAAAUAUCGAACGAUUUUCUGUUUAUGAAACAUCAGUUUAA